UCCCAACCCAAGACAAAUUUCCGGUUUUUCGGCCAGGCCCGAAUUUCCCACGGGUACGGCCCAGGAUUGUCAUUGGCUCCUGGUAUAAAUGCGAACAGCCAUGAACCUCAACCAUUCAGUCAAUCCAGAGACACAACGGAGACAACACACAAAUCACACACACAACACAAAAUCCACGCACAAAAAUGUUCUUCAUACUGAAUUUAUUCCUGGCCAUUGCCGGCUCCUCGGCGGCUGUCAUUGAGCCCAUGAACAUGAACUACUACCAGUACACACAGUUUCAGGCGCCGCUCUCGUGGGAGGCCAUCACUGGUGCGGGUCUGAAGCAGGCGCUCUCCAGCUGCCAGGAUAGCUUCAAGUGGCAGCGUUGGAACUGCCCCAGCACGGACUUUGUCAAGCGGCACACGGCACCGGCUACGGAAACGCCGGAGCGGGAGGAUGUCUAUGUGGCAGCCAUCUCCAUGGCUUCCAUCGUGCACAAGCUGACCAAGGAUUGCGCCAAUGGAGUCAUCGCUGGCUGCGGCUGCACAGGAAACGCUCUCAACGUGCCCUGUGCCCAUGAGCCAGCCCAGGCCGUGGAGCUGUAUGAGAAGCGUUUUGGUGCCGGCUCGGAUGCAGCUGCACACAAUCAGCGGGUGAUUGGCUCGCUGCUGCAACAGUCACUGGUACAGGAGUGCCGCUGCAAGCAACCCGGACCGCAGGGCAAGUGCCUCGAGGAGGAGUGCGUGAAGGUGCUGAAACCAUUCGAGGCGGUGGCGCAGGAUCUGCUGCAGAUGUACGACGAUGCCAUUCAGCUGGACAGCACGGCCAGCAAUCUGAAGAUCAUGUGGCAAAACAUUCCCCUCGACUCGCUCGUCUUCAUGCAGGACUCGCCCAACUACUGCGAGCCCGAGGCCAGCGGCCGCUGGACAGGCACACGAGGCCGCCAGUGCUCCAGGGAUGGCAGCGGUUCCGUGGAGGAGCGCCUCUCCUGCCAGCAGCUCUGCCGCGUCUGCGGCUACCGCGUGCGCACCCAACACGUGCGCAGCGAGCGGCGCUGCAACUGCAAGCUGGUCUGGGGAUUCCGUCUCCAGUGCGACGUUUGUGUCCAGCUGGAACGGCAGUACACCUGCUACUAGAGCUAAGCAGCAGACUGGGCCUGGGGCGCUGGUCAAGCCUCACGAAAAACUUAGAUUUAAAUUAAUUUAUUUGUUUGCAACGCUUAUUUAUUUCCACCUAA